AUGUCAAGCAUGAUACCGCCGUCGAAAUUUCCGGUGUUCACGACACUCGCUAGCUACAGAGAAUGGCGGCAACGCGCCCGCGAUGAACACAAAACAGUCGGGUUCGUUCCGACGAUGGGAGCUCUGCACGAUGGCCAUAUUUCGCUUGUUAAGAGAUCUCUUGCGGAGAAUGACCUGACCGUCGUAUCAGUAUUCGUGAAUCCCGCACAGUUUGCCCCACAUGAGGACCUCGCGACGUAUCCCCGGACGUUACCAAACGACCUCGAACUGUUAGGCGCACUGAAUGUCUCGGAGCGGACAACGUCGGCGUUAUUCUUGCCCACCGUUGCUGAGAUGUAUCCAUCCGGGAUCCACCAAGAUACUUCAAUGCAGAGGGGGACUUUCGUAGAAGUCAAGGGCUUCGGUAACUUGAUGGAAGGAGCCAGCCGGCCGACCUUCUUCCGGGGAGUCGCUACCGUCGUUACAAAACUAUUCAACGCGAUUGAACCAUCCAACGCGUACUUUGGGCAAAAGGACAUCCAGCAAGGCCUACUCUUGAAACGAAUGUGCCGAGAUCUGUUGUUGUCUCAUCCUACUCCUGAAGGCCUGCACAUCAUCCAAACGGCUCGAGACCCCUUCGAUAACCUUGCACUAUCGUCCCGAAAUGCUUACCUUUCACCGGAAGAAAGAAAGGCCGCGACUACCCUGUACGCCGCACUCAACGUCGCGAAGGAAGCUUGGGAGGCGUCUCUCCCGAAGUCGCAGUGCAUUAAGAACGCAGAAGCCAUCAUCACCGCAAAGAAGGACGAAGUCUCCGGGUCUGGCGUCGACAUCAAGCUUGACUACAUCCAGUUCAACGACUGGCAGAGUUUCGAGCCCCUCGACGGGUCGGCCAACCAGGACAAUCUAAACGAACCUGUGAUACUGAGCGGAGCGAUGUGGGUAGGAAAGACAAGGCUCAUCGACAACAUCAUCCUGGGAGAUGAGAGCAAGAUACUCAGUUAG